GCUGAAGUUUUCAUACGGCCUCUAAAUCUUUUCGCAAUUAAACCAGUUAUCGAGGUGUCCAGAAGCAAUUUUAACUUUCCCACGGAGCCGAGACGUCACAGCCGUAACAGCCGCUCAGAAUGUACUCCUGCGCCCUUUCGGUCUUGAUGGGCUCCGGCCUUUGAAAAACUUGCGCCGUUCACCGUCCACAAGCGGGCCCUGUCCAUUCAAACGAAUUUACCCCCACGUCAUGUGUGCUUUGUAUGAGCUCGAGCCUCUUAAAAUCUCCCCGUUUUCCUUUAAGGGGCUGAGGUACCAGGAAACAGGAGAGUUUUCAGCCGUGGUCUCUCAGCGGCUGCCACGCCUCUGUACGUCAGGUGUACAAAGAUGGCGACCCCAGGGCGCCGAGUCGGUGGUGGCGGCGCGGACGUAUUACCUCAUAAGGAAAAGCCGGAAACCCCCAAUCCGUUCACCAUAGAAACGCGGUAGAAACGCGGCUGACCCUUGUCGGUUGGUCUCGGGAGCGAGGGCUGGGCGAGGAGACCAGAAGUAAAAGAAGUUUGGGGGGAUAAAGUUAGGCCCUGAAGAGGUCGCUGCAGGUUCAGGAGAGAACCAGGUGGGUGCUAACAAGAGACAAGAUAUGAAUGAAGAAAGAGGAGUUUCCAGGACCUAAAUAUUGUUAUUUCUGGGAAUACUUUGGCGACUGGUAUAUCUAACUAGAAAUUUUGGUAUAUCCAGAAGAGACAAAGACAGAGCCUCUGCGUUGCCAGCUAUUUUCAGAGAACAGAAGAAAAUGAUCCAGGCCCAGGAAACCCUGUCAUUCAAGGAUGUGGCCGUGGACUUCACGUGGGAGGAGUGGCAGUUCCUGGCCCCUCCUCAGAAGGACCUGUACCGGGACGUGAUGCUGGAGAACUAUAGCAACCUGCUGUCCGUGGGGUAUCGAGUCAGCAAACCAGAUGCACUGUCCAAGUUGGAACGAGGGGAAGAACCGUGGACAAUAGAAGAUGAAAUCCACAGUCAAACCUGUCCAGAAACUGGCAACAUUGGUAAUCAUCUGCAGGGUGAAUGGGAAAAUCAAAGAAUGCUGAGAGGUAUAGAACAAUACCAGGAACAUAAUGCAUUUGGAAAUCCUGUUCCUCAAAGCAAAAGUCAUUUCUCUUUCAGGCAAAAUCAUGAUAUGUUUGAGUUCUAUAUGAAAACUUUGAAAUCACAUUUAAGUUUAGUCAGCCAGGGCCAAAGCUAUGAAAUUAAGAACUCUACUAAAUGUAAUGGAGAUGGGAAAUCAUUUCUGCAAUGUAAGCAUGAAGAAUUUCAUUCUCCAGUUCAAUGCCCUGUAAGUGCAAAAUCCAUCAGUAGUAAGUCCCAAGUCAUUAAGCACCAAGGAACUCACAAUGCAGAGAAAGCCCACAUAUGCAGUGAAUGUGGGAAAGCCUUUGUUAAGAAGUCUCAGCUCACUGACCAUCAGAGAGUUCAUACAGGAGAGAAACCUUAUGGAUGCAGUAUGUGUGCAAAAGUAUUCUCCCGAAAGUCCAGGCUCAAUGAACAUCAGAGAAUUCACAAGAGAGAAAAAUCCUUUAUAUGCAGUGAUUGUGGAAAAGUCUUCACCAUGAAGAGCCGUCUGAUUGAACACCAGCGAACUCACACUGGAGAGAAACCUUACAUAUGCAGUGACUGUGGAAAAGGCUUCCCAGGGAAGCGUAAUCUCAUUGUACAUCAGCGAAAUCAUACUGGAGAGAAAUGCUACGUAUGUAGUGAAUGUGGAAAAGGCUUCACUGGGAAGAGCAUGCUUACUAUACACCAGCGAACUCAUACAGGAGAGAAACCCUACAUCUGCAGUGAAUGUGGGAAAGGCUUUACCACAAAGCACUAUGUCAUCAUACACCAACGAAACCAUACAGGAGAGAAACCCUACAUAUGCAAUGAAUGUGGGAAAGGUUUCACCAUGAAGAGUCGUCUGAUUGAACAUCAGCGAACUCAUACAGGAGAGAAGCCAUAUGUGUGCAAUGAAUGUGGAAAAGGCUUUCCCAGGAAGAAUAAUCUGAUUGUACAUCAGAGAAAUCACACAGUAGAGAAAUCCUACGUAUGUGGUGAAUGUGGAAAAGGCUUCACCGUGAAGAGCAUGCUCAUCAUACAUCAACGAACUCACACUGGAGAGAAACCCUACAUCUGCAGGGAAUGUGGGAAAGGCUUCCCGUUGAAGAGUCGGCUUGUUGUGCAUCAGCGAACGCAUACAGGUGAGAAACCUUAUAGAUGCAGCGAAUGUGGGAAAGGCUUCAUCGUGAAUAGCGGACUGAUGUUACAUCAGCGAACUCACACUGGAGAGAAGCCCUAUAUAUGCAAUAAAUGUGGUAAAGGGUUUGCCUUUAAGAGCAAUCUUGUGGUACAUCAGCGAACUCAUACUGGAGAGAAACCCUUUACAUGCAAUGAGUGUGGAAAAGGCUUCACGAUGAAACGCUAUCUCAUCGUACACCAGCAAAUUCAUAUUGGAGAGAAGUCUUAUGUAUGCAGUGAAUGUGGAAAAGGUUUUGUCAUGGAAACAGAGCUCAUUUUACAUCAGCAAAUUCAUACUGGAGAGAAACCUUAUGCCUGCAACGAAUGUGGCAGAGGCUUCACUGUGAAAAGCCGUUUAGUCGUUCAUCAGCGAACUCAUACAGGAGAGAAACCUUUUGUAUGCAGUGAAUGUGGAAAAGGCUUCUCCUCAAAGAGGAAUCUCAUUGUACAUCUGAGAACUCAUAAUGGAAACAAACCUUAACGAAGCAAUGAAUAUAGUCACACCUACAGGAAGAAAAUAUGCCUUGUCCAACAUCAGAGGGUUUCACACAGGAUAAACUACCUUUAUAUGUACUGACUGUGGAAAAUCCUAUUCAUAAUUGGUAUUGGUUUCAUUACCCACCAGAAAAUUUACACAGGAGACAAACUGUAUGUAUGCAAUUAAUAUGAGAAAGCCUUCAACACAAAUUCAGCACCCAUUGUACAAAAGACAGAGACUCUGUGGAUUCAGCAAUUGGGGGUAACCUUUCUCUCAUUUGUCAAGCCUUGUUAAUACACACGAGAAAUCUAUAGGUCAAGAUACAUAAUCCUUUGCAGUGACUCUGAACUCACUAUAUACAAGUGAACUUGUUCAGGGUACAAACCAUGAUAGUUCAGUGAACUCAUUAAACAUCAGUGUGCUCUACUUGACUAUCGUCAGUGUAGAUUAGCCUGUUGCUAGAUUUCACCCUUGGGAAACUAUGGAAUUUGCAUAGGAGUGAAAUUUAAUGAAUGAAGAGAAUGUGCUAGUGCCUUCAGUGUUAAGUUACCUCACACUAUAUGUCUAAAUUAACAUGUAGGAAAAAGCUCUGAUACAUACAAUGCAGAAGAGGCUUCAGGAAACAUUUCUAGAUUUCUGUAAACCCCACCACAAUUGGGAUGCAGCAUUGUGCCAACA